GUCCAACAUCAGAGCAGCAGAGGGAACAGACCAGUCUGAAACCAGAAACUCUCUCACUCUGCUUUGUGUUUCCUUUGAAUACGACUCAUGGAUUUUCACCCUCUCCUUGUGCUGUGGACCUGCACCCUGUGGCCAGAUCUCCAGCUCUGCUUCAACUUCGACACCAAGAACUAUAAGAUCUUCCACGGUUCUACGGACGCCCAGUUUGGUUACACGGUUCAGCAGCAUGAGGCAGGAGGCCGUCAGUGGUUGCUUGUUGGCGCUCCCCUUGAAUUCACAGGGGAACUUCAGACUGGUGAUGUGUACAAAUGUCCACUUGAUAUCAAAAGCUCUGCAAACUGCAGUCGGCUUGACCUGGGAAAGCAUUCCCGGGACAACGUGGCCGAAAGAAAGGACAAGAUGAGACUAGGAAUGUCCCUUACCUCCAACUCCAAAGAUAGCAGCUUUGUGAGCUGUGGUCCUCUUUGGUCUCACGAAUGUGGAAGUUCUCUGUACAGCACUGGAAUCUGCCUCAGAGCCAACCGCAACUUCAGACUCACCCAGACUAUUGCUCCUGCUCUACAGAGGUGUGAGACAUUUAUGGACAUCGUUAUUGUUCUGGAUGGUUCCAACUCCAUUUAUCCUUGGUCGGAGGUGCAGGACUUUAUCACAACAAUCUUGCAGAAGUUCUACAUUGGCCCGGGUCAGACACAGGUGGGAAUUGUUCAGUAUGGCUCCACAGUGGUCCAUGAGUUUAGUUUAGGUGAAUACCAGACAGUGAAGGAUGUGGUCGAAGCUGCUAAGAACAUUGACCAACGCGGUGGAGAGGAGACAAGGACAGCACUGGGGAUCAAUGUGGCACGGUUGGAGGCCUUUCAGCGGGGCGGCAGGCCAGGAGCUCAGAAAGUGAUGAUUGUGAUCACAGACGGUGAAUCGCAUGACAGUCCUCAUUUGAUGGAAGCUGUCAGUCAAAGCAAGGAUGACAAUAUCACCAUGUAUGCUAUUGCUGUUCUGGGUUAUUACAACCGACGAGGGAUUAACCCUGAGGCCUUUCUUAAAGAAAUCCGGUUUAUUGCCAGUGACCCUGAUGAGGAACACUUCUUCAAAGUUACAGAUGAAUCUGCUCUGAAAGAUAUUGUAGACGCCCUGGGAGAACGGAUUUUCUCUUUGGAAGGCAUUAGCAGUCAGGGUCGGGGCUUUGGUCUACAGAUGGCUCAAGCUGGUUUUUCAUCACUUUUAGUCAACGACGGGGUUCUGCUUGGAGCCGUCGGUGCCUAUGACUGGAACGGUGCCGUGCUGAAAGAAACCAAACGUGGUAAAGUUGUUUCACCAAAAUCAUCUUACAAAGACGAGUUUCCGGAAGCCAUGAAGAACCAUGCUGCUUAUUUGGGUUAUUCGGUGGAGGCAGUCGUUUCCUCUCGUGGUCCUCAGCUUUAUAUAGCUGGAGCUCCUAGAUUCAACCACACUGGCAAAGUCAUCAUUUUUACCCUGAAGAACAAUGGGAACCUCACUAUCCUGCAGGCUCUUCUGGGACAGCAGAUCGGUUCAUAUUUUGGGAGCGGACUGUUAUCCAUGGACAUUGACGGAGAUGGCCACACUGACCUUCUUUUGGUUGCAGCACCCAUGUUCUACAACCAAGGCUGGGAGAGAGGAAGGGUUUAUAUUUACUCUCUCACCUAUGAGUCAUUCUUUAUCUUCCACGGCAUCCUGGAAGUGUCCCACCAUCCUCAAAACUCUCGCCUGGGUUCAGCAAUGGCACAAAUAGCAGACAUGAAUGGAGAUGGAUUUAAGGAGCUGGUGGUGGGAGCUCCUCUGGAAGAUGACCAUCAGGGGGCGAUCUACAUCUUUCACAGCCACGGCAAGAUGAUAGGAUCACAAUACAAACAGCGUCUUUCUGGAGCUGGUUUUUCGACAGGUCUGCAGUAUUUUGGUCAAAGUCUUCACGGAGUUCUUGACGUCAAUGGAGACGGGCUUGUUGAUUUAGCAGUGGGAGCACUGGGGGCUGCAGUCAUUAUCUGGUCUCGUGGCGUUGUGCGUAUUGAAGCCAAAAUGACCUUUGAACCGCAGAAGAUUGACAUCUUUAACAAGAACUGUCAGCGCGACGGGAAGCAGGUCGCCUGCAUGUCAGUGGAUGUCUGUCUGAAGCUGGACAGCAGGAUAAAAACCAGGAGGGAUAACAGAGAAGACAUUGCUGUUUGGUACAGCCUGGUGUUUGAUGACCGACGGUUCCCCCCCUGGGCAGUCCUGGAUGAAUCCCACCGACUGCAGCCCAGAACCCUUUCUUUACGGACUGGGAGUCAGAAAUGCGAACGACUCGGCUUUUCUGUGCAGGACAGAGCGGAUUACAGGCGGCCCAUUGUGGUUGUUAUGGAAGCAGGACUUCAGAACCAGGACAAGGGGCCGGUGUUGGACCCAGAAUGGCCGACCACCUUUAGAACGGAGCUUCCAUUCUGGAAUGGAUGUGAGGAGGAGGACUGCACCCCCGACCUCAUCCUCCACAGCCAAACGGACCUUUUGACUCUUCUACAGUUCUGCAGCAGCAGGAAACAUGCGGCCUACUCCCUCUGCAGCCCUACGAGGGGACAUGAAGAGAAAGUGUCUGUGGUGGAGAGUGGACGCAGGAAAAUGACUGUAAUUGGUCAGUUAGAGAACUCGGGAGAGAACGCAUACAGAACUACACUCAACAUCUCCACCACACCAAACCUGCUCUUCUCCAACAUCUUGAUCAAGGACCAAUCGGAUAUCCAGAUCGAGUGUCCUACCGAGUACAGAACGACCUCCCAGAGGAGCUGCAGCAUCAGUGCACCGUUCAUGAAGUCACUGUCCCAGGUUACUUUUCAUCUGGAGUUGGAGUUCAGCCGGUCAAUCUUUCUGGAUUAUGUUCAAGUCAACAUGGCCGCCACUAGUGAGGGGGAGGAUGGAAACCCAGGUGACAACACCAACAACAUCUUCCUCCCUUUGAAAUACCAAGCCGACCUUCUGUUCACCAGAGACCCCAAUCCUCAUCGUUUUGAGAUCAGAGAUGGCUUCUCCUCAUACGAUGAAGAACCAGAUACAGCCUUUCCUUCCUUUAACCUCACCUUCAAUGUGCAGAAUCUGGGCAUCUUCUCAGUGAAGGAGAUCCUGCUGACAGCAGAUAUCUGGGCUGUGACCAAGGAGGGCAACCAGCUGGUGGACAUCACAGACUACAGCAUCAAGGAGGAGGGAAAUGCUUCAGGCUGUAUUCUCCCUCCUACCAACAUUUCCACUUUAAGUAAGCCAGAGGACCUGACUCAUCUGUCUCAGCUGAACCACAGUAACAGUGUGAGCGUAGCUCUUCAGUGCAGACUCAGCCUGGCUCCCUCCCAGACGUUGAAGCUCAUGAUCACAGGAAGACUUCAGCUACCUGCUCUUCAUGCUGUGAGCUUCAGGUCCUUAGAGCUGCUGACUGUUACCUCGAUCCAGCUGGACAAGUCCAAUCCCAUGUUUCUGCAGGAGGACAACCUUGUUAGACAGACCAUCCUGGACCUGAGGAAAGAAGGACGCAGCUCCAUCUCUAUCUGGAUUAUCCUGGGAAGCUCACUGGGAGGCCUGCUGCUGCUUUGCUUUGUCGUCUUGGUCUUAUGGAAGCUUGGAUUCUUCAAAAGACAGAGACGUGAGGAAGAGGAGGAGCAGCCUGUGACCAAUGGGAAGGCAGAGAAGCAGCUAUAAGGCAUGAUGACAUUACACCUGAUCAAAUUUUAGACAUUAGGUCAACCGGUGACUGACAAUCCUAGAGGUUCCAUCCAGCUCUGACUCAAAGCCACGCAGUUAAGAUUCUGCUGCAGCUGAAGAACAUAGCAGACCUAUUUAUGUAGCAGGACCUUCGGCUGCGUUUGGUAUUAGCUGUAUUUAUUGCAACAGCAAAUGCACUAUUCUUAUUUUUUAUUGUCUGGCAAAAUCAUGGUCCAUCUCGACCAAAAUAACCACCAAAUCAAUCGAUGUUUGGGUGUCUUUGUUAGCAUGGUUUCCAUGGCGAUGCACAUACAGUCAUACAAAUGAAUGUCCCAUGCAGUCUGUUUUCAAAUGUAAAUGUCUGUUCCUGAUGAGCUGUUUCUAGGAGUCAUUUUGACCCCAUCCUCUGCACAUCACAAAUUCAUUUCUGUUAGCAGGAUGCAGAUUGAUCUGAUUCAACUUUUGAUUGAAUAUUAGAUGGAUGUCAGUACCUCUCAGCUAAAAAAAAACAAUCCACUGGACUUUGUUUCCCAGUUUGAAGACGUUUCUCUCCCCAUCCAGGAAGCUUUUUUAAUUCAAAAUGUCAGCAGGACGGAAUCAACUCAACAAAACCUACAAUGCAGCGAUAGAGUUGAUUCCUUCCCGCUAUCAUCGCAGCCCCAACCCCUGUACAGGAGAACAGAAGACCUCGCCUAUUCAGCCAGGCCAACAAUUCCCUGUAACGACCCCCCUU